UUACAAUCGCAUCUCAUCGAUCGACAAUCGAUAAUCAUUUAUCUUGUUUUAUUCGCAUUUUUAUCUUGUGGUUUGCAGAAAAAAAAACAAAAAUUCAAUAAUGGAUUCAAUCAUUUUACGUGGACUUUUAGAAUAUUUCAUCCGUGAACGUGUAUUGGUCAUUGGCGUGAAAGGAUCAGGAAAAACAAAAUUGAUUGAAAAAUUAAUGGAUUUACAAUAUUUUGAUGUUGAAAAUUUUAACUUUAAUGAAGAAUUAACAGAUCAUACACGUGAAUUAUCACAGCUAUCAAUAUCGACAACAUCGUCCUUAUCAUCAUCAUCAUCAUCACCAUCUUCGUCGUCGUCGUCCAGUUCACGUUUAUCUUCUUUGCUAUCCAUUCAAUCAUCAUCUUCGUCGUCGACAACAUCACAUAUAACAAGAUCAUUAUUAUCAUUGUCAUUACCGGAUUCGAAAGCAGCAACAACAUCUUCUCGACAAUCUUUACAAUCACCACAACCAUCAUCAUUACCAACAAAUUCAAACUCAAUAAUAAUGAAUCGUAUGAAUCAAAUUCUUGAGCAAAAACUAAAAAUGGAUCAUUCAUCGAAAUUUUUGGAUUGGCUUGUAUCAUCUCCAUCAUCAUCAUCAUCGUUAAAAACUGCUAGUAACUUAAUAACAAUAUCGACUACUGGUACAAAUCCAUCACCAUCAAAAAUAGUAUCAAAUGAUUUGAAUAGUCACAAAUCAAUUUUUUAUUUAUUAUCGAAUCGUACAGCAAAAUUAUUUAGUGAAAAUUAUUAUUAUCUAAAUUAUUUGAAAGAAACCAAUAUCAUAAUGCGUAUAUGGGAUGUUCAUCCAGAAAAUUGGCAAAUAUUUCUUAAUCACCGUUAUAAUCGUCCACAAACAUUGAUUGCUGUCUAUAAUGCCAAUGAUUUGCAGGAAUUGAACAGGAUUCGUCAACCAAUUGAAAAAUAUUUGAAAAAAUUAUCCAUCGAACAACGUAGAUUGUUAUCAAUUUACAUUGUUGGUACCAAAAUCGAUCAAGGACAAACACAACCUUUAACAUAUGGAUUACGUAAAUGGAUUAAUGAUAAUCGAAUUAGACAUUUGUAUAUAUCAAACUUGUGGAAUAAAGGUAUCGAUCUAUUGCGUUCAUGUUUAUUGGAUGAUAUUUAUGGAAAACAUCGUUUGAAUCAACUUUUUAUUCAUCGUGAUUAUUUAUUGGAUUUAUACAUCCGCACAAUUGGUUAUUGUCCAACCAUUGUUUAUGAUUCAUGUAUUGCAUUUGAUAAUAAUAACCAAAUAUUUACAAAAUCCCAGCGUGGUGGUGAAUUUGAUUCGAAUAACCAACAGCAACCACAAUCCAGAAAUUGUCAUCUUUGUAAAUCAGGUUCUCGUCCAUUACGACCGAUUGAUUUUUCGCGACUAAAAAAAGAUCCAAAAUCAAUGUAUGAAUUUCAUUUAGCAUUGGAAAAUAUUUGUCAAUGUCUGGAUCAUUUAAUUUUCACCACUGUAUCAUCCCAAUCGUCGCAAUCGUCACAAUCACAGUCAUCGAUAUUGAAUCCAUUAUUAACAAUACUUGCCGAACAAAACAAACGAAAAUCGAUCAAAUGAUGGUCAUGUUUGAUAAGUGUAUUUUUUCUUUUUGGAUUCUUUUUACUUUUUCACAUCCCAUUCAACACAUGUAUAGACAAAAUUUGACGAUGAAUUUUUCCAUUUCUUUCCUUUUAAAUUUAAUUGAUUUGUUUUUC